AUGACAAUAGUAACAGUUGCAUAUUGCAAGGUCUGUGGACUGCCAACAGAGUAUUGCGAGUUUGGUCCUACACCUGCUGAAUGUUUGGCAGUUAAUGGUCCACAAGUAUCAGAUGUAGCAGCAGGAUCAUCAUCAUCAUCUUCAGAUAAUACACAGACGUCAUCAACAGAUAAUACAUCAACGACUUCGACGACUACUACAUCAACAGAUUCAACAAGCGAUAAACUACAACAAUUAAAGAUAGUGGAUGACUCAAAGGACGAAUCACAUACAACUGCAGCUUCGACGACGGACGCCACUGCGCCAGCAGCUGCCGCUGCUGCGCCAGCAAAGAAGAAGAAGGAGGUAAGGCCAACGAUCACAAUCGAGCUCUCACAGAGAACAAAGAGAAAGCACGUCACUACGAUCUGCGGCCUCGACGCCUUUGGCAUCAAGCUGUCCGACGCCACUAAACUGAUGGCCAAGAAGUUCAGCUGCGGCUGCUCCGUCAUUAAGACCGCCUCGGGCACCGAGGAGAUUGACAUCCAGGGCGACUUCCAAGAGGACGCCGUCGACUUUAUCCUGGACAAGUGGAAGGUGGUGUCCGAGGGCGACAUCUACUUCCUCGAGGACAAGAAGAAAGUAAAGGCAAGAUAA